UGCCAGCCUGGGCAGAAGCAAACAGCCAGUGUUCCUGGAGACACACCACCGGAGCUGGUACCAUGGAUGUCCUAGCCCCAUGUCUGCUGCUGCUGCUGCUGCUCCUGGCCCUCCCCCUGCACCUUCUGGACCUGCUGGGCUGCUGGCAGCCCCUGUGCAAAGCCUACUUCCCCUACCUAAUGGCCAAGUUGACGGCCUUGACCAACAAAAAGAUAGAAGGCAAGAAACGGGACUUAUUUAGCCAGAUAAAAGAUCUUAAGGUAACUUCCAGGAAAGUGGCCCUGUUGGAGCUUGGCUGCGGCACUGGUGCCAACUUCCAGUUCUACCCACCUGGCUGCAAAGUCACCUGCGUGGACCCAAACCCCAACUUUGAGAAGUUCCUGACAAAGAGCAUGGCUGAGAAUAGGCACCUCGAAUAUGAGAGCUUCGUUGUGGCUUAUGGAGAGGACAUGAGAGAACUGGCUGACAGCUCCAUGGAUGUGGUGGUCAGCACGCUGGUGCUGUGCUCUGUGCAGAGCCCGGAAAAGGUCCUGCAGGAGAUCAGAAGAGUCCUGAAGCCGGGAGGAGUGCUGUUCUUCUGGGAGCAUGUGGCCGAGCCUCGGGAAAGCCUGGCCUUCCUGUGGCAGCGACUUUUCGAGCCUACCUGGAAACGCUUCGGGGAUGGCUGCCAUCUCACCAGAGAGACCUGGAAAGACAUUGAGAGGGCACAGUUCUCUGACGUCCAAAUGGAAUGGCAGCCCUCUCCCUUCUGGUGCCUGCCUGUCGGGCCCCACAUAAUGGGAAAAGCUGUGAAAUAACCCCCCAAGGAGGUCGCCUGCUCCCCCUGCCUGCGGCCAGAACCCAGCCCAGUACUGCUGGGGUGACACCAGCCGCAGGCCUCUUCCACAGUGUGGCUUUCUGCAGUAGAGGCAGAAAACUCUACUGCAAAGCUCUGGACUUAGUCCACCCACUUCUAGGGCCCCUGUUCUCUCUCUCCCUUGUCCCACUGGUUAAGUUCUCACUGCUGUCCUGAGACUACACCCAUGUGCCCCUUGGAACCAAUCACAAGUCAACACACCAGGUCACCUCAGCCUCCUCCCCCACUACCCACUCUGUCCUGAGCUUCAGAGGACCAGAGAGAAGCAGAAACUCUCAACAUGGGAGAACAGCACUCAAUAAAGCAACCAGAAUUUUUAUCGUCAAA